AUGGAGGAACAGGGGACUUCCUGCUCCAGCUUGAGGGACCGGGCUGCGGUCUCCCGGGAGCUGCUCCUGGCUGCACUGGAGGAACUGAGCCAGGAACAGCUGAAGCGGUUCCGACACAAACUGCGGGACGCGCCGGAGGGCAGCCGCAGCAUCCCGUGGGGAAAGCUGGAGAAGGCAGAUGUGCUGGAUCUGGUCCAGCAGCUGGUGGAGUUCUACGGCGCCGAGCCCGCGCUGGACGUGGCCCAAAAGGCCCUGAAGAGGUCGGAUGUACGCGAUGUGGCGGCUCAACUCAAGGCACAACGGCUGCAAAGUCUUGGCCCUGGCUACUCCGUGGAACUCUCUGUGUCCGAGUACAAGAAGAAAUACCGUGAGCACGUGUUGCAUCUGCACGCCAAGGUGAAGGAGAGGAACGCCCGCUCCGUGAAGAUCACCAAGCGCUUCACCAAGCUGCUCAUCGCGCCCGAGAGCCCCGAAGCGGAAGAUGAGGAGCUGGGGCCUGCGGAGGAGCCGGAGCCCCGGCGCGCCAGGCGCUCCAACACGGACACCUUCAACCGACUGUUUAGCCGGGAUGAGGAGGGCCAUCGACCUCUAACGGUGGUGUUGCAGGGUCCGGCAGGCAUCGGCAAGACGAUGGCGGCCAAGAAGAUCCUGUACGACUGGGCAGCGGGCAAGCUGUACCACGGCCAAGUGGACUUCGCCUUCUUCCUGUCGUGCCAUGAGCUACUGGAGCAGCCGUCCGUCCGCAGCCUGGCCGACCUGAUCCUGGACCAGUGCCCUGACCGCCGCGCGCCACUGCGCCAGAUGCUGGCGUGUCCCGAGCGACUGCUCUUCAUUCUGGAUGGCGCAGAUGAACUGCCGGCGGCGCAGGGGUCCACCGAGGCAGUGCCCUGCACGGACCCCUUCGAGGCGACUGCAGGCGCGAAGAUCCUAGGUGCUCUGCUGAGCAAGGCGCUGCUGCCGGCCGCCCGCCUGCUGGUGACGACGCGCGCAGCCGUGCCUGGGAGGCUGCAGGGCCAUCUGCGUUCUCCGCAGUGUGCUGAGGUGCGCGGCUUCUCGAACAAGGACAAGAAGAAGUAUUUCUACAAGUUCUUCCCCGACGAGCGCCGGGCCGAGCGCGCCUACCACUUUGUGAAGGAGAACGAGACGCUGUUCACCCUGUGCUUCGUGCCCUUUGUGUGCUGGAUCGUGUGCUCCGUGCUGCGCGGACAGCUCGAGCGAGGCCAGGACCUGGCGCGCACCUCCAAGACCACCACGUCGGUGUACCUGCUCUUCAUCGUUAGCCUGUUGGGCUCCACACCCCCCGCCCACGGAACCUCAGUGCAGGACGAACUGCGCAAGUUGUGUCGCCUGGCCCGCGAAGGGAUCCUGGGUCGCCGCUCACAGUUCUCAGAGAGGGACCUGGAGCGCCAGGAGCUGCGCGGUUCCAGGAUGCAGUCGCUGUUUCUCAACAAGAAGGAGAUACUGGGUGUGCUGGAGGCUGAAGUCGCCUACCAGUUCAUCGACCUGAGCUUUCAGGAGUUCUUCGCAGCGCUGUCCUACCUGCUGGAGGAAGACACGGGGUCCGAGACCCGGGCCGGCGGCGUCGGGGCGCUCCUGCGUGGGGAUUCCCAGUUGCGUGGCCAUCUCACGCUCACCACGCGUUUCCUCUUUGGACUGCUUAGCGCCGAGCAUAUGGAAGACAUUGCCCGCCACUUCGGCUGCGUGGUCUCGAAGCGUGUGAAGGAAGAUGUCCUACGGUGGGUGCAGGGGCAGAGCCGCUCCGCACUAGAGGGGAGUCAGGAACCCGAGGGGCUCGAGGCUCCAGAAGAGCCAGAGGAGGAGGACGAGGAGGAAGAGAAAGAGGAGGAAGAGCCCAACUAUCCGCUGGAGCUACUGUACUGCUUGUACGAGACGCAGGACGACGCGUUCGUGGCUCAGGCCCUGCGCGGUCUGCCGGAGCUGAAGCUGGAGCGAGUGCGCUUCAGCCGCACCGACAUCGCGAUCCUGAGCUACUGCGUGCAGCGCUGCCCAGAAGGUCAGACCCUGCGGCUGCUGGGCUGCGGACUGAGCUUGGUGCGCGAGAAAAAGAAGAGCUUGGUGAGGCGGCUACAGCGCAGCCUGGGCGGCGGGAAUUCUCUAGAGUCCCGGAGACAAGUAUCAGCCUCCCCUCUUCGUCCACUCUGUGAAGCCAUGAUGGACCAGCACUGUGGUCUCAGCAGCUUGACGCUGUCCCGCUGCAAGCUGCCAGACUCGGUCUGCCGGGACCUGGCUGAGGCGCUGAAGCAGGCCCCGGCCCUGACCGAGCUGAGCCUCCAGCUCAACAAUAUCAGCCCCAUGGGACUGAAGAUGUUGUGUGAGGGGCUUGCCUGGUCCAGGUGCCGAGUACAGACGUUCAGGGUGCAGCAACCCGGCCUCCAGGAAGUGCUCCAGUACCUGCUCAAUCUGCUCCAACUCAGCCCAGUGCUGACCACCCUGGACCUCAGUGGCUGCCAGCUGCCAGAUGCCAUCAUGACCCACCUGUGCAAGAUCCUGCAGCAUCCCAGAUGCAGCCUGCAAGCACUCAGUCUGGCCUCCGUGGAGCUGACGGAACAUUCACUGCAGGAGCUGCGUGCUGUGAAGAUGGUGAAGCCAGAUCUGGUCAUCACACACCCUGGGUUGGAGGAUGUCCCAGAGCCUCCCGAGGGGGUCAGCUGUCGCCCCUCUGAGGAGGGACUAGACACUGUCUGGCCUGGUGGCGGGAAGGGCAGCAGCUCGUCCCCACGUCUGGAUCCACUACCCUACCCGCCCCUACUAGAGGUAGGCCUGCCCAUUCCUUCUGCCGGGGCCGCCUCCCAGGGGCGGGGAGCUCGGGCCCUUCCUGGUGACGUGUGUGGGCGGGACCUUCCCCUCCUGGCUCUGGCGGGGCAGAGGCGACCCCCGGGACAGCCCAGCGACCCCAGACUCCCUUCCCGGGAUCCGGAGCAGGAAGUCAGCUGUGGUUCCUACCGCCCCAGGAUCCUCGUGGUCACGCCCCAACCCAGCCUCUCACCUAUCCACCAUGAAGACGUCUGUCCCCUGAGCCGAGCUCCCCUCAUUCAACCCGUCCGCUUUCUCACCAGCAGGCCCAACGUUCCUAACUGCAAGACUGAGCCCUGGGGCGCAGCUUGA